AUGGUCAUGAACUCAAAUUUCGUCGCACUUCGGGAAGCCCACAGAAUUCUUCACCUGGUGGAUGGUGUGGCCUCCAUUUUUCCCAGCAUCGAGGAGUGGAGCGCGGCGUGUGGCGAGUCAACGUGGCAAACAUGUCAGCAAACCAUCUCAAACAUUCAGAAGCGCGUUCCAUCCUGCGAUGCGGAGCUUUUCACUGAUGAGGUCGCAGUGCUGGAGAAUGCAGAAGUCUCUCAAUCUGGACGCUUGAAUUUGGCCACAUUCACUUAUUAUUUCGGAUCUGGUCGGCAUAGCCUGGGCUUCAUCUGUCUGGGUGGUGUCUUACUCAGCAUGCUGUCCGUUGAAGCCGUGAGGGUCUACUCGGAUCGCUUCAUGGGACUGUGGGCUGCUCGGGAUGCUGUCAACACAGAGGAAGAAUCUUCCAACGACUUCCGAAGUUUUUGCCUUUGGCUUUCCCUGGCAACCAGCGGCCGGAUCUUGGGCCAUUUCUCCAAAGAUGUUGAUGCCGUGGACGCUCUGCUGCCGCAGUAUCUCCUCGACUUCUUGCAGGAUCAGGGCAGGGAUUGGUGUGGCGAAACUUCAGAUUGUUUGAAGGGAGUGCAUGAAGUGCAUGAUUUCACGAUGCUGCUGGGUGUUGUGGUGGUCUGUGUUUGGUCCACGCCCUUCGCUGCGCUGGGAGUCGUUCCGGUGCUCUUUGCGUUCUACCGUGUUCGAAAGUUCUUCAGUUGCACGGCCAGGGAGACCAAACGCCUGGAUGGCGUGACGCGGGCGCCUUUGUAUUCCGCUAUGGGAGAUGUGGCCGAUGGCCUUGCCACGUUGCGAGCACAUCAGCAGCAGGGAGGCUUGGUGCGACACUUCCAAAGCAUCCUGGACCGCAACGGCAAGGUCUUCUUCCAGACGAAUGUCCUCCAACCUUGGUGCAUCCUUGUGUUGGACAGUUUGGGCUCUGCCAUUGUUAGCAUUGCCUGUGCCUUCGUCGUUUUUGCGCGUGAAACCGUAGACGUCAGUGUGGCGACUAUGGCCAUCUCAUAUUCCUUGAUGACACGCGGGAAACUCCAAUUCUGCAUCCGCCUCUCCAUCGAGGCGGAGAACCAGUUUGUGGCGGCCGAGCGAUUACAACACUUCCAUAAGCUUGCGCUGUCCUACAGGGAGGGUGGCCGCUGCAAAGCGACGCAAAAAACAUCAUAUUUGCCUGUGGGGGAUAUCUCCUUCACGGAUGUGGUGAUGCAAUAUCGCCCUGACCAUCCUGUGCUGAAUGGCUUGAGCCUUACCAUCCAAGCGAAACAAAAGGUGGGCCUGGUUGGAAGGACGGGCAGCGGAAAGUCCAGUCUGCUGAGCGCCUUGCUUCGCAUCACCGAAGCGUCCUCCGGAACCAUCUUGGUGGGUGGCGUGAACAUUCAGGAGAUUGAUCUGAAGAGUCUCAGGGCUUCCAUCUCCCUGGUGCCCCAGGAGCCCAUCCUUUGGAGUGGAUCGGUGGCGCAGAACCUGGAUCCUACUGGCACGUUGCCCAUGGAAGGGCUGAUGAAAGCGGUGAGCAAGGUGCACCUUGAUGGGAAGUUGCAAUCUUUAGGUGGCCUGUCAGCCGUCGUGGAGAUGCGAGGGACCAAUUUCAGCCUGGGGCAGAGACAGUUACUGUGCAUUGCCCGCUGCAUCGCCCGGAGCUCUUCCAUCGUUCUGGUGGACGAAGCCACCAGUUGCGUGGAUGGUGAAACCGAUGCCCUGAUACAGGAGGCCUUCCACAAUGAAUUCAAGGAAUGCACCAUGCUGAUUGUGGCUCACCGUUUGCAGACCGUCAUGGACUCCGACUUGAUCGCAGUCUUAGACGCAGGGCGAGUGAUCGAAACAGGUCCUCCGGCAGCCCUUUCGGCAGACGAGUCCAGUCACUUUGCCAGUCUCAUCCGUGGCUGCGCUGCUGGCAUUGAUAAUGUUUUCCCAGUGGAUGAAGCCAUCGACACGGUCAAAACCUUGCUGAGUUUGUGA